AUGGAGAGUAGUCAUUCUGAAAGAAGAUUGGAGAAGAGUUCAGGUUUUAGGAUCAAAGCCAGGAAUUGGCCCUCUGGGCCAGCUUCACGAAGGACAGAAAAUGUUCACCAUCUUCGAGAGCCUGAAUCAGGCUCAAAGCUUGGAGACAGGGCCAAACAAUUGUCUUCACAGCCAGCCUCGAAGGUGACCUCGAAGGAAGGAAAAGAUAGUUCAACGUCUGGGUCAGUAAGCUCGUGGAUCACAAAGGAGAAAAUUCAACGUAGGUACACCCAAUACCAGAAGGACCUGAAGGAAAGUAGAGAGAGUUCUUCAUUGAUCCAAACUGGAGAAAAGAAGAAUCGAAAGUCAAACCAUAAUUCAAAGCCAGUUCUACACAAUGAGGUGGAUUGCAGCAGAGAACAGUUGGCCAAGGUCCAUUCUGAACUAAAAGUCAGAGAGAAAGAUACCCUAGCGGGGUUGGAGAAGGCUCUGAUGGAGAGUGGUAAACAGUUGGCCAAGGUUCAUUCUGAACUGAAAACCAGAGAAAAGGCUAGUUUGGUCGGGUUGGAGAAGGCUCUGACGGAGACAGACAGCGAGACUGAAGAAGAGAGUAGCGUAAGCCAGAAGAAAGAGGUUGUGGAGGAAGAGAUGUUCGAAGCCUUCAUGGCUGAGCAAACGUUUCUGACUAAAGAACCAGUUGAGAAAGAUCCUUUGAAUGGAUCAGUUAGCAAUGAAAUACCAGAAUGCAUCAUGCAGGAUGUUUCUGAGGAAGUCGAUCAAAGUGACCAAGAGGGGAAACAGUUCCAAGCUGGAGAUGAGAAUCAAGAGGGGCAGGAAGCUGAUCCAGUUCAGAUCUUUAGUGAAGACUCACAAGCAAGUAUGGUGCAAGAUAAUUUCGAAAUGGUUACCCCGAUGGAAGAUGAAUAUGAGAGCGAGGAAGUGGUGAAGUACAGGACUGGUCACUUAAGAAAUUCCUCAACCAAGAUGGACCAAUGGAAGGUUCGAAAGGACGAAAACGGAGUAGUUUUCGAGUAUAUUGCCACUGUAAAUCCCUACGAGGAUGAGAUCAUUGCUAUACAGAAAAACCACAUCGCGCACAAGCGAGUGUUGGAACUUAGGAAAACAACAAGGCAGGCCAUGGCAAAAGCGGAUGCCAAAUCGGCCGAGUCGAAAGAAUGUCAACAGAAGACGGCCGAGCUAGAAGCCGAGGUGACCCGUCUAACCAGACUAGUUACCUUAGCUAAUACUGAUAAACAAAAGGCCCUAGCCGUGAUGAAAGACAAAUACCUGCGUGAGCUGGCCAAGCUCAAAGGGAAAAAGAAAGCCGAAAUAACGGAGCUUGAGAAGAAGUUGGAGGCUCUCGGUCAUGGGCCUGAGACCGAGGUCUUCAAUCCUCCUCAAUACUUCAUACCAAGCUCACUGGCGGAGUAUACUACUACCACUCAGCAACAGUUUCUUGAAGAUUUAGAUGAAGAAGAAAUCGUGCCCAAUGAUACCCCAGUUGUCAAUGAUCCCGCCUGCCAGUCGGCUCGGUCGGAGCCAACGAUGGAAGACCUGACUGUCGAACUACCAACUGAAAUCGUGCUUCCAACCGAGACCAUACUCCUGACCGAAACCGAGCUUCCAACUGAAACCGGGCUGCGAGUUGAACUUGAUGCGGAUCUUGAUGAUCUGUUUUCCUGA